UUUUUUUUGUUUUUUUUUUUUUUGCUUUUCCACCUCAUUAGAGAUGCCUUUUUAGAGGUCUCUAGCAUUGUUGAUACAACAAACAUCAACAUUCGCUCCUAAAAUCAUCAGAAUCUGAAAAGCGAUACUCCUUUUUUCGGUGAAAUCAAUCAAAUUCUUGGCUUUUCUUGCUCUGUUUAAGUGAUCCAGGAUCAAGAGGGAAACACAGGUUGCGAUUGCCUUUGCAAUAACCGGAGUGUUGUAUUGGAUUUUCUCUCAUAUUUUUCGAUCAAGUGUCAGUUUCGACAACGGUUGAUCUAGUAUGGGCGACCCGACCAAUGGUUUUGAUGAAAGUAGUCAGCAGACUGAUGUUGGAGUAGUGAUACGUAGUGGAAGAGAAAUUUUAUUGCAGGCUUUCAAUUGGGAGUCUCAUAAACAUGAUUGGUGGGACAAUUUAGAGAACAAGGUUCCUGAUGUUGCAAUAUCUGGGUUUACAUCAGCAUGGUUACCACCAGCAACUCAUUCAUGUUCACCUGAAGGAUACCUUCCUCAAAAUCUGUAUUCUCUAGAUUCUUCAUAUGGCUCUGAACUACAGUUAAAAGCUUUACUUCAAAAGAUGAAGCAAUACAAAGUUAGAGCAAUGGCUGACAUAGUCAUCAAUCACCGCGUUGGGACUACCAUAGGGCAUGGUGGAACGUAUAACCGUUAUGAUGGAAUUCCGUUGCCAUGGGAUGAACAUGCUGUGACUUGUUGUACUGGUGGAUUGGGUAAUAAAAGCAGUGGGGACAACUUCGAUGGGGUUCCAAAUAUUGAUCAUACCCAGGACUUUGUCCGAAAAGACAUUAUUGGGUGGCUAAAAUGGCUACGCAAUACAGUUGGCUUCCAAGAUUUCCGUUUUGAUUUUGCAAGAGGUUAUUCAGCAAAAUAUGUGAAGGAAUACAUUGAAGGUGCAAAGCCUGUAUUUUCUGUUGGCGAAUAUUGGGAUUCUUGCAAUUACAAUGGUCAGAUCUUGGACUGCAACCAAGAUGGUCAUAGGCAACGGAUUGUCAAUUGGAUUGAUGGCACAGGGCAGCUUUCAACUGCAUUUGACUUCACAACAAAGGGAAUUCUUCAGGAAGCUGUAAAGGGGGAAUUAUGGCGUCUCCGUGAUCCACAAGGGAAACCCCCAGGAGCGAUGGGAUUGUGGCCUUCAAGGGCUGUCACUUUCAUUGACAACCAUGAUACAGGCUCAACUCAGGCUCAUUGGCCCUUUCCCUCGCAUCAUAUUAUGGAGGGCUAUGCAUACAUACUCACACACCCAGGAAUACCGACAGUUUUUUAUGACCAUUUUUAUGAUUGGGAUAAUGCCAUUCACGACGAAAUUGUGAAGCUGAUGGACAUUAGGAAGCAUCAAGACAUCCACAGCCGAUCAUCUAUUAGGAUUAUUGAAGCCCAGCCAAAUCUUUACUCUGCAAUUAUUGGGGAGAAAUUGAGCAUGAAGAUCGGAGAUGGUUCAUGGUGUCCAUCUGGCAGGGAGUGGUCGCUAGUGACUUCUGGCCACGGAUAUGCAGUAUGGCACAAGUAAUGCAAUUUUUGCUUUUAUUUUCUUUUUUCAAUUUAUGUAUUUAUUUUGGUUAGUUUCCUACAUGUAUAGAAUAAAAUUUAGUUUCAAUAAAGAUCUUGAUCUUUAAUUUUGCUUGGGAGGUUAGUUUGUGAGCUUGUAUUAUUUAUAUUAAUAAAAAAUUUAACAUACAUGAAACACAUUAUACGGUUAAUAAGAGUUUGUAUUAUUUUGUGAGCU